UGUGGGCAAGGGACGGUUUGGUACGCUGAGUGUUUUAGCCGACUGCUUCUGAGUGGUAAUGCGAUGGGACGGCUAGUGUAAUCAUAUCCUUUGCACUGUUGACUGGAGUCCCAAUGGGUGUAGUGUUGCAUGAAACGGCGUCCGCCGUCUGACGUGUCUUUGGAUGGGUGGGAGUGCUUAUUGAAUGCCUUGCGACUGUUCAGUGACCGCGGUUGGAAGUGAGCGGUUGCCUUUCUCCUCUAUAAAUAACCCCUUUGCUUCUCUGGUUUUUUCACAUCUCUUCGCUGCUCUUUACUGCCUUCUUCUCCUCCCUUCUGUCUGCUUCCACCAUGGGCAAGAACAACAAGCGCAAGCGUGAGCCGACUCCUCCAUCGGAGGAGUUUGGUGAUUCGGAAUACUCAGAGGAGGAGUUCUCCUCUGAGUCCGAGGGGUCUCCGGCUCCCAUCCCCCUGCGCGAGUCGUCUGAUGACUCAGACGACUCCCAGGGGCUUGCGGCGGAGGUCUGGACGUACAUCCGGGCCGUCGAGCGCUCCGGGCUCGAGGGCUCGGAUGAGUCCGAGUUCUCCUCGGACGAGGAGGACUCGGACGGCGGUGAGGGCGAGGAUGACGACGACGACGACGGCGACGACGACGACGGUGGCGACGGCGACGGUGAUGGCGGCAACGGCGGCGGAGGCAGCGGCGGCAAGGACGGCACCAAGGGCGGCAGCAGCGUGGGCAGCACCGGAGGCAGCGGCGGCAAGGGCAGCGGCGGCAGGGCCAGUGGCUAAACGCCACUGGUCUUUUAGAUAUUAGUAUAGUUAGAAUAAUGUAGUAGUAAUUAGUGUAGUUUAGUAGUAGUAGUAAUGUAGAGUAGUAUAGUGUAGUUUAGUAGUAGUAGUAAUGUAGAGUAGAAGUAGGGAAGCACCAACUCGCGAAGAGUUGGUUUGUAAACUCAUUAACUUCCCUUUAAUCUAGAACUGUCGUUGACCCUCCUUUUUCGAUGACUCGUCGUUGCUUUUCCUGAAUGUUGAACUGAUUCUUUUGAUAUAGUAGAAACAACGCCGAGCGAUGUGAAGGUUGAUAUCAGCGUUUUAAGAGUAACACCAAGCAAUCGAACACAAGACCAGCGUUUUAGAGGCAAUGCCGAAUGAUAGAAGGUCGGCAUCGGCACUAUAGAAGUAAUGCCGAGCGACAGAACACGAGCCUGGCGUUUUAGAGGCAACGCCGAGUGUUUAAAUGUCGACACCGGCAUUUUAGAAGUAAUGCUGAGCGAUUUGGACACGAAGUCGGCGUUUUAGAAACAACGCCGAGUGAUUGAAGGUCGGCGUCGGCAUUUUAGAAGUAGUGCUGAGCGAUUGAACACGUGGUUGGCGUGUUAGAGGGCACGCCGAGUGAUUGGAGGUCGGCGUCGGCAUUUUAGAGGUAAUGCCGAGCGAUUGAACACGUGGUCGGCGUGUUAGAGGACACGCCGAGCGAUUGGAGGUCGGCGUCGGCAUUUUAGAGGCAACGCCGAGCGAUUGAACACGUGGUCGGCGUUUUAGAGGCAACGCCGAGUGAUAGCCAGCUUCACGAGUUACUUUGAGGAUAAUAACCGAGUGAUGAAGUGGCACGUCGGCUUUCUUGGAAAUAACUGUCGGAUAUCCACGUGGCAUGCUGGGAUUUCGGAAAUAACUGCCGGGUGAUGACUGGGCACUUUUUGAAAGGGUAUCUGGUUCAGGAAUAUCCCUUAAGAGUCGCGCUUUUAGCCGCCUUUGCUUUCCGUGCCCUAGUUCUUGCAUUUCCGCAUCUGAAUCUUCUCCGCCACUCGCCUCCUACUCUGUUUGCCAGCGAGAAGCAAGAUGGCGCCCAAGAGGAAGACUGCGAACUCGUCUGCCGCAGUGAUCCCCGCCAUCGACCCCAACAGUCAGUUACCCUUCGCAGGUAACCAUAUGUCUGUUAUUUCCGAAGCUGAGCUCCUCCGUCUUGUCUCCAUCGGGGUUCUUCCUCUGCGGGAACUCUGUUCUUGGCGGGUUUGCCACGGGACUACUGUCCCAACCGAAGAUACCCACGAGUCAGUAGUUUACGCUCCUUUCCUUCUCCGCGGCCUCGGCCUUCCCAUAUCUCCUUUUUUCCGUGGCCUCCUCGAUUUUUAUCACAUCAACCUGACUCAUUUGAACCCUAAUUCCAUUCUCCGAAUCUCCAUUUUCGUUCACCUUUGCGAAGCUUAUCUCGGCGUGCUGCCGCAUUUUGGCUUAUGGAAGUAUCUGUAUCACUGCC